CGCGCCGCGGCGGCCAGCGGGCUGGGCAGAUGGAGGGCGACGGCGCGCCGCGGGCGGGCGAGCCGGUGUCGGGGCCCGGCCCGGGCGGCGGGCCGACCCGCGAGCUGUGCCGGGGCCUCGGGCGCUACCGCCGCUACCUGGCCCGGCUGCGGCAGAACCUGCGCGACACGCAGAGCUUCUUCCGCGACAUCGAGGGCUCCCGCGCCCGCGGCCGCCCCCCCUCCCCCGCGAGCGCCGGCGGCCCCGAGCGCGGCCCUGCCGGCGACGUCGCCGAGCCCGGGCUGCAGGCGGGCCAGCUGAGCUGCAUUUCCUUCCCACCUAAGGAAGAGAAGUACCUCCAGCAGAUUGUGGACUGCCUCCCCUGCAUCUUGAUCCUCGGCCAGGAUUGUCACGUCAAGUGCCGGCUGUUGAACCUGCUCUUGGGCGUGCAGGUGCUUCCCACCAGCAGGCCGGGCAGUGAGGAGAGCUGCAAGCUUCGGCGCCUCCGCUUCACCUACGGGACUCAGACUCGGGUCAGCCUGGCGCUCCCCGGCCAGUAUGAACUAGUGCACACGCUGGUUGCUCACCAGGGCAACUGGGAAACCAUCCCUGAGGAGGACCUGGAGGUCCAGGAGGACGGUGAGGAUGCUGCCCAUGUCUUAGCCGAACUGGCGGUGACGAUGCACCAUGCACUCCUGCAGGAAGUGGACAUUGUGGUAGCACCGUGCCAAGGCCUCCGGGCCACAGUGGACGUUCUGGGUGACUUGGUGAAUGAUUUCUUGCCUGUGAUAACCUAUGCACUCCACAAAGAUGAACUCUCUGAGAGGGAUGAGCAAGAGCUUCAGGAAAUCCAAAAGUAUUUCUCCUUUCCUAUAUUCUUUUUCAAAAUGCCAAAGCUGGGCUCGGAGAUAAUUGACUCCUCCACCAGAAGAAUGGAGAAUGAAAGAUCGCCACUUCAUCGCCAGCUGAUUGACCUGGGCUAUCUGAGCAGCAGUCACUGUAACUGCGGGGCCCCCGGCCAGGACGCUAAAGCGCAGAGCAUGUUGGUGGAGCAAAGUGAGAAGCUGAGGCACUUGAGCACGUUCUCUCACCAGGUGCUGCAGACUCGCCUGGUGGACGCAGCCAAGGCCCUGAACUUGGUGCACUGCCGCUGCCUCGACCUCUUUAUCAACCAGGCCUUUGACAUGCAGCGGGACCUGCAGAUCACUCCCAAACGUCUGGAGUACACUCGGAAAAAGGAGAAUGAGCUGUAUGAGUCAUUGAUGAACAUUGCCAACCGAAAGCAGGAGGAGAUGAAGGACAUGAUUGUUGAGACGCUCAAUUCCAUGAAGGAGGAGCUUCUGGAUGACGCUGCCAACAUGGAGUUUAAAGACGUCAUUGUCCCUGAGAAUGGAGAACCAGUGGGCACCAGAGAGAUCAAGUGCUGCAUCCGACAGAUCCAGGAGCUCAUCAUCUCCCGGCUUAAUCAGGCUGUGGCCAACAAGCUGAUUAGCUCAGUGGAUUACCUACGUGAGAGCUUCGUCGGAACCCUGGAACGGUGUCUGCAGAGCCUGGAGAAGUCUCAGGAUGUCUCAGUUCACAUCACCAGUAAUUAUCUCAAACAGAUCUUAAAUGCCGCCUAUCAUGUUGAAGUCACGUUUCACUCAGGGUCCUCGGUUACAAGGAUGCUGUGGGAGCAAAUCAAACAGGUCAUCCAGCGCAUCACGUGGGUGAGCCCGCCUGUCAUUACACUAGAGUGGAAGAGGAAGGCGGCCCAGGAAGCCAUUGAGAGCCUCAGUGCCUCCAAGUUGGCCAAGAGCAUUUGCAGCCAAUUCCGGACUCGGCUCAAUAGCUCUCACGAGGCUUUUGCAGCCUCCUUGCGGCAGCUGGAAGCUGGCCACUCAGGCCGGUUGGAGAAAACUGAAGAUCUAUGGCUGAAGGUUCGGAAAGAUCAUGCCCCGCGCCUGGCCCGCCUGUCUCUGGAAAGCCGUUCUUUACAGGAUGUCUUGCUGCAUCGAAAACCUAAACUGGGACAGGAACUGGGCCGGGGCCAGUAUGGUGUGGUGUACUUAUGUGACAGCUGGGGGGGACACUUCCCUUGUGCCCUCAAGUCUGUUGUCCCUCCGGAUGAGAAGCACUGGAAUGACCUGGCUUUGGAGUUUCACUACAUGAGGUCUCUGCCGAAGCAUGAGCGACUGGUGGAUCUCCAUGGCUCAGUCAUCGACUACAGCUAUGGUGGGGGCUCCAGCAUUGCCGUGCUGCUCAUUAUGGAGCGGCUGCACCGUGACCUCUACACUGGGCUAAAGGCUGGGCUGACCCUGGAAACGCGUUUGCAGAUUGCACUCGACGUGGUGGAAGGAGUCCGCUUCCUGCACAGCCAGGGACUUGUCCACCGUGAUAUCAAACUGAAAAAUGUGCUGUUGGAUAAGCAGAACCGUGCCAAGAUCACUGACUUAGGAUUCUGCAAGCCGGAGGCCAUGAUGUCAGGCAGCAUUGUGGGGACACCAAUCCAUAUGGCCCCUGAACUUUUCACAGGGAAGUACGAUAAUUCGGUGGACGUCUACGCCUUUGGCAUUCUUUUCUGGUAUAUCUGCUCAGGCUCUGUCAAGCUCCCUGAGGCAUUUGAGAGAUGCGCCAGCAAAGACCAUCUCUGGAACAAUGUGCGGAGAGGGGCCCGUCCAGAACGCCUUCCUGUGUUUGAUGAGGAGUGCUGGCAGUUGAUGGAAGCCUGUUGGGAUGGUGACCCUUCUCAGAGACCUCUCUUGGGCAUUGUCCAGCCCAUGCUCCAGGGCAUCAUGGAUCGGCUAUGCAAGUCAAGUUCUGAGCGGCGAAACAGUGGACUAGAUGAUUCUACUUGAAAGCAAAGACUUUUCUCUUUCACUCCCUAUUCCUUUCCUUCCCUUCACCUUUUGGCCAUGGGAAGAAUUUGACGUUUAUUCAUUACAGAGAGCACCGGAGGGCAUUGAUGCUUGCUGGGCCGCUGGAGACUUCCUCAGGCAGAGAUGACUCCUGGAUAGUGGAGAGUUGGCUGGCGGAGCCUAGUCAGCAGUUCACUGAUGCCCCAAGCUAUCUCCUUAGCAAAAGAUUGUCUAGGGCAUCUGUAAAAGCUGAAGAAUGCAAUGUUCUGGCCUCAGAACUGAAAAGGAGGCAAAUGUUACCAUUGUCUGUUCACUGUAUGUUACUGAGACAAGUGGGACACUGCAGUGGCAAUAGUAUUAAAAGCUAUAAUUUUUCAUAAUUUUGGCUCUAGCUAGGAAUAGUUUGGUUCUAUCCAGUCAUCAGGACCCUUAAAAAAUUUGACCUUCGUUCUGGGAUUGUGAGAACAUAGGAACAAAAAACUAACUUGUGGAUGCUGGUUCCUGCUAUCCGCAGCCAGAGGUGUCGGGCGCGGCGUCCAGAGGCCCCUGCAGGGGAGCUAGAAAUGAAGUCUGCUCCUUAUGAUGGCUGGCAUUUACCUUUAUAGGGCCACAAUCCCUGAUUUCGGGGGGAGGGUUUCACGGUUACGUUACCAGGAGGCCAAAAAAGAAAAAGAAAAAGUGUGUGUGUGGUGUGUAUGUAUGGAUGUGUGUAUAUAUAUGUUGUUGGAUUUUGAGGUACUGAUAACCCCAGAACAGAGUCUCUUUUUCUACCCUUGGGUCUUGUUUUUUUUCUCUCUCUCUCUCUCUUUUUGGUCUCAAGAUGGGGAAGCUCCAGUUAACAUGGUCCUUAGGGGUGAGUGAGAAGAACUGACCCAAUGAGGUGUCUGGUGAGACCUGAGAAGUGGGAGGUGUACAUGUACUCAAAGGGCGCCAGAUUGUUUUUAAAACUUAAAAUAAUGAGAGUCUCUUCUUUUUGUGUUUGAAUCUAACACACUGAUGUUUUUAAACUUGAUGAUGGAGCUUUUUAACCAAGGUUUCUUCUGUAACUUGUCCCUUCUUUUUACCUUAUUUUAAAUAUGAUCUGUUAGAAGAGAAGGAAAGAACCUGAUGAAAGAGAAGGGCAUUUUCCUAGUUCUGGCUGUGCUCCUCACCCCUGUGUGUUAGUGUCUGGGAAGCUUCUUCUCCCUUGCCGUUGGAAGGUGGGGUGGUGGUCUUUUGGAGAAUUUGUCAUGAAGUGUACAGAAGAGAAACUCUGAUUCCCGUCAAAGGAAGGGGAACACUGGCGCAUCCCAGAUCUUGACUUCAAGCCUCUCUCACCCAAAGGCGUCUGUUAGGUUCAGAGAAACAGGUCGUGAAGGUAUAGACAGUGGAAGUGAGCAUGCGCGGUCCGUGCCCCUGCUCCCCAGGCACUGUGGCCCAGCCCCAGCUGUGCGAAGCGGGUCCUGAGUAAGCGGAUGAGAUAAGGGGCAGACUUGUUGCUGGAGUUUUCUAGGGUUGUUUGUGACAGAAGGACCAUCUCCUGAAUAUUAACAGAGUAUGAAUGGAGUCCAUGAGAAAAUUUUAUACAAGUUUUAAAGUUCACUUUAAAUUUCACUUUUAACUCUUUGACUGUCCUGGGCUCUGAUGGGGAAAUGUUUGAGCGCAGUAGCUCCUGAGCACUUGUCCCUUUCAGAAACUCCAUAGAGUGCUAAAUUUCUUCUUCCUGGCAGAUGGUCAAGUGGCUGACCCUGUGUCGUUGGCUCCUGUAGGCUUCAGCCUUGUGUGGGGAAAUGUUCAGUGUAUCUCUUAGAAUUUUUAACGCUUAUUUAGUUUGACUUCAAGUCACUCUGUUUUUGUCAGCAUUAACUUGUCGUUUGUCUGGGGACCAUGAUGGGGCUUCCAGGAAGCCAGGUUUCAAGUUAAAAAAAAAGAGAGAUGAGUAGUCUGUUCUGUGUGAAAUUUCAAGGAAGAUCUUUUUUUGUUGUUUUUAAGAUUGGCACUUGAGCUAACAUCUGUUGGCAAUCUCCCUCUUUUUUCCCUUCUCCCCAAAGCCCCCCAGUGCACAGUCGAAUAUUUGAGUUGUAGGUCCCUCUGGUUGUGGCAUGUGGGAUGCCUCCUAAGCUUGGCUGAAUGAGCGGUGCCAGGGCUGCGCCCGGGAUCCAAACUGGUGAAACCCCAGGCUGCCAAAGUGGAGCAUGCGAACUUAACCACUCGGCCUCUGGGCCAGCCCCAAGAAAGCUCUUAUAUGGUUCCCUUUUCCAGACUUUUUUUAACUCUAGCUGUAAUCAGGAGUCGGUGCUCCCACAUGGAGACCACGUUCCUAACAUUCUUUGGACGUCUUAGUUCAUACCCCCCUUCGCACAUGGGAGGUUAGGUUUCUGUCCACUCAGAGUCCCUUGUCAGUUUGUCCCCUCUGGCUUAGUCUGCUCUCAGACACAAGUUUCUAGCAGAUUCCCUACAUUUUUUUGCCUGAGUGGGGAGGGAGUUUGGGAGGGGCUGAUGCUAAGUAGGAAAUGCGUAGUUGUGUUACAGUUCAUUAAAAAAAAAUGUAUCCUGAGAAAAGGUGCAAAAUCUUCCUGACCUCCAGGCCGCCAAGCCCACGCGCAGUUGCUUGGAGGCGCUGUUUAAAUGCUCAGCGGGCUGAGUGCGGGAGUACGUGUGUAUAACACGUGUAUGCUGUGCUUUCGUUUUUAACAUUGUUAGCUAAUUUCGGAUUCUUUGUCCCUUGGCACCCAUUAUUAUUAAAGUGAUGGAAUGCCGUGAAAUGUACUGUAUAUUACUUGGGAAGACACUAGGUAUUCAAAGAAAUGCGGCACCUAAGCUGUAGAGGGCUCAGCAAGGCCAGGGUCCUGAAUUUGGUUGUAUGUGCUCCCAGGUGGUGAGGUGAGAUCGUGGCUGUGGGGGGAAGGGGGGGUGAAAGAGUUGCCCUCACUGUGUUCCGUUCCCAUCAGCUUAAUUAGAGCGAUUUACCCCAGCCUGAAAACCAUCACCUGGACAUUUUUAACACGCUUGAAGUCUGGUCACUUAUGUUGGUUCAGAACUGAGUGAGGGAGCUUCCUGCAGAGCAAUCAGAAGAAAUGGUGGCGCCUGGGGCUCCGGAGCGGCCGGCCGUGCCUAGGGAGCGGGCGGCAGGCUCAGCCCGGCGUGGGUUGGGGAAUGCUCAUUGGUGAGUUUCCACACGCGUGCCCUGGUUCCCCUGGCCCUCUGCAGAGUCUCUCCCUGACAGAGCAAGCCUUUCACUUCUCCAGGAAGGAGGACUGGCUCUUCCCAGACCAGAGUCACUUGUCCAUCCAGUUCAAGGGGGCAGAGCCUAGGCAGCAGCUUCUACAUUCAACACUAAAAUUCAAGGGAACCGUGAGGGAAAGGGUACAUCACUACCACGGGUAGAAAUGGGGGAACGCCGAACUCUCAGCUGGCACCUGUCGGCUCUGCAAUGCAUUUUUUUGCAUCCUUGCUUGAGCUGCCAAAGUGGGGUUGGGAAAGUGUUUUCCUGACAGGAGAAGUGGUUUGGGGUGGCAGGGCUGCCAAGUGAUAACUGCACUGAUGACACUUUAUUUUUUGGCGUAUCAUUUAGCACUGAGAAGCCAAGGGGAUUAGUGAUUACAGUAGGACUUGGGGCACAGAGACUCCCCAGGCCCUGCUCUGGAGAGAAAGUGUGCUUGGGAUCUACCUGGCUAUCAGGGGAGCUGAAAGUCUGUGCUGCAUCAGAGCGGGAUAGCCGGCCCUCGAGGAGUCCAUUACCAAAAGAGUAGUUUUCCUUUGAGUUUUCAAAGCUUGAUUUUUAGAUUUGCUGGAUUAAAUAACCCACAUUUUCUUUAAAAGGAAAAAAAGAGAGUGUAUCCUUCUAAAUGCAGGGGUGGCGUGGGUUAGGGCUAGUGCAGUGGUAAAGUGGCUGAGGAGGGAGUGACCGUGAGAAGCCUGCACUGCACACUCCCGUGGGGUUCCAGGAAGCAGCACUGCCUCGAGGUUCCCUGUUCACCUGCACCUGCCUUGCCAAUGCCCAGUCCCGCUGAGAACGCCUGGCAUGGGGGCCGCCUUCCUCAGAGGAUUGAAAUGAAAAUGAGUCUGGACAGCUUGUUUUCUUUUGUCUUAAUGUAAUGUUUUUGUUUGUUUUAAAGGACUAAUGUUUAUUACAGUAUUAAAUAAAAGUGUAACAUACUGGUGUGUAGAAUAAAAGUGCAAUAACCAGAGAAAAUGACUUUGGCACCAACUUCAGGCCUCACACUCUCUCCCUUCCUGAGCUGCCUGUCUCUCCAUCACGUCGUCACAGCAGGACUGUACUAAUUGUGUGUGUUUUUAAGAGACGCGACUGUGGGUUCAGUCUUUGGUUUUGAAUGGUGCGGUUUGGUUUUAUUGGUAUCCUGUAUACUCGUUGGGGUGCACAGGCACCAGCCGUGCUGUAUAAUAAAGGUCGUGUCAGCGUGCCGGG